AUGAGUUUUGAAGAAGAGUUAAGAAAAAAAAAAUUACAAGGACAAACAAAAAUUCACCAAAACCCUUUUCAAAUAACUAAAUUUUCACGAAAUAUUGAUUUGCGAACUAUAAUUCAGCAAUUUUCUCAUUUCUCUCGUGAAGAAUUGGUCGAAAAAAAUAUUCAAGCAAAAGCAGCGGGGAGAAUUUUGCGUUUACGAAACUUCGGUAAUUUAAUUUUCGCCUUGCUGAACGACCAAGAAGCAAGUAUUCAAUUAAUGGUUAACAAAAACGAAAAAUUUAAAGAAUUAGAUAUUGGAGAUAUCAUUGGUAUUGAAGGAGUAGUCUGUAAAAGUCAAAAAGGAGAAUUAAGUAUUAAAGUAAAUGAUUUUGUUCUUUUAAGUAAGUGCUUGAAGCCGCUGCCGGAUCUGCAUUAUGGCUUCGUUGAUACUGAAGAAAGGUUUCGCAAACGCUACUUAGACUUAAUUAUUAAUCAGCAAAACCGAAAAAUUUUGAUCCAAAGAUUUCAAAUUAUUAAUAGUAUUCGAGAAUUUUUAAACCAACGAGGAUUUAUUGAAGUAGAAACACCUAUCCUAGUUUCAGCGGCUUCAGGAGCCCAAGCAAAGCCUUUUAUUACUCAUCAUAAUAAAUUACAAAGAGAUUUUUAUUUACGCAUUGCCACUGAAAUACCCUUGAAAAUGCUCUUGGUUGGCGGCUUGGAGAAAGUUUAUGAAAUUGGUCGAAUUUUUCGUAAUGAGGGAAUUGAUGCCCGCCACAAUCCAGAAUUUACCACCAUUGAAGUUUAUCAGGCUUAUGAAAAUGCUGAAUAUAUGAUGGAAUUAACUAAGGAAGUUUUUCAAUAUUUAGUCAAAGAAGUUCUUAAAAAAGAAGAGAUUGAGUUUAACUCCCAUGUCAUUAAUCUUAAAAACUCUUUUCAUAAACUAUCGAUGGUAGAAGCAAUUAAAGAACAU